AGAAAACCCUAGCCGGCUCACAAGGGCUUCCCCCGUUCGUCGCUUCCGACCCGCGACAUGGCGGAUUCUCCACGCAGGAGUUGAUACAAUGGUGAAGUUUUGCUUAUCUGGUACCUUUCCAGGUACUCACGGUCCCCAUCUCCAUACAAGGGUGGCUCUAAAACAAGGUCUCGGUCCAUGGGUUUGUCCCACUCCAGAUCUCAGUCUCCUCGGCCUAGAAACCACACAAGGUCACGGUCCAGAAGUCAUGACAGGAAUGAAACGGCGAAUCAUGGAAAUACUCUUUAUGUAACAGGACUUUCAUCCAGGGUUACAGAAAGGGACUUGGAGGAUCACUUCUCCAGGGAAGGAAAGGUUGUUGGAUGUCACCUAGUUGUUGAACCUCGCACACGUGCCUCUCGUGGUUUUGCAUUUGUGACCAUGGACACCACGGAAGAUGCAGACCGUUGUAUCAAGUAUCUCAAUCAGUCAAUCCUGGAAGGAAGAUGUAUAACGGUGGAGAAGUCAAGGAGGGGACGCCCACGAACACCUACGCCGGGAAAGUACCUUGGUGUGGUCAGCACACGAGACAGUUAUCGAAGCGAUCGUGGAAGAUACUAUGGAGGCUACAGCCGCGAUGACUAUGGUGGUGGUGGUGGUGGUGGUGGCUAUCGCAGAUCUCCAAAACACUCUCCUUACUGGGGCGGCGGCUCCCCACGGAGGUCACCAUAUGGUGGUAGGUCCAGAAGAGAACAAUCCAGGUCACCUUAUUAUGCAUACAGAAGCCCAGAGAGAGCUGCAGGCUAUGGGCGUCGCCCAAAUGGCUAUGGUAGGUAGAUUUUUGGUCAUUUUAUCCCCCUCCAUCAAACCAGAUCGUCAAUUGAUAGCUUUGCAGUUACAGUGUGUGUCUCAGACUUGGAAUGCUUGUUUGCGUUACUUGCUUGUAAUUCUCUAGUAAGCAUCCAGAGUAGAUGUUGAACAAGUUGGUCCUUUUUUGAAUUAUGGUGGUGUUCUGGUUA